AUGAUUCAAAAUAAUAAUCAAUAUAAGGAUAAUACAACUAUCAAAAUAAUUUGUAAUAAUUUUUUUGAGGAAGAAAAUAAAAAAUAUGAGAAUUUUAGAAGGAAAAAUUUUUGUAAUGUUGGUGAUUCUCCAAUAAAAUAUCUUAAUGAUAUGUAUACUGAGAUUGAGGAAUUUCUUAUUAAAAUGAAAUCAUUUCAUAUAUCUGACAGUGAAAAAAGUGUUAUAAAUCAACUUAAAAAAUUAAAUAUAAAUUUAGGUUGUAUUCUUUUUGAAUCUAGUAUUAUUGAUUGUUGUAAAAAAAUAGCUCACCUUAAAACAUUACCAUUUUUUUAUGUUACUAGGAAUAUUUUUUUUAAAAAUUUUAAAAUGACUAAUAAUUACAAAAUUAAUUCAUUUAAUGUAUUUAUAUAUAGAAUAUUUGAUGAAUUUGGUAUUGAAAAAGAAGAAUUGGAGACAAAAAUUAAUGCUCCAAAAAUUCAUUUUAUUCUUUUUAUGGAGAAUGAAAUAAGUUAUAUGUUUAAUAAAUUAGUUGAUUGUAUCAAUGAUCCAACAUUAUAUUUACCACCAACAAAGAAAGAGGAAUUAGAAGUAAUAGAUGAAUCAUUAGAUAAUUAUUGUAUAUCUGAUUAUUCAAGCAAAAUUAAAAAAAUAUCUAUACAUCUUCAUUUAACAAGAUUACUUCUUGAUUCACCAAAUAUUAAAGAUGAGUUAUAUAAAUAUGAAAUUCUUUACGUUGUUAAUACUUUAAAAAAAACAGUUAAACAUUUGAUAAAUAAAUUUGAUAAAAAAUGUUUUGAAAAUGUAAAUCAGCUUUAUGAUCAAAUGAAACAUACUACAAUUUCUUAUUUUGAAAUAGAACAAAAAAUUAGAGAAUAUCGUCAAAAUAAAGGAAGUCAUAUGAACGAAUAUUUUAUUCUUAAUCUACUUCUUAAUAAAAAUAAAAAAUAA